CGCGUUGAAAGGCCAGUCGGGCCGGUGGGGGGGCCGUGUUUUGUUCGAUUCUCGUGCAUGAUUCUCGCUGGCAAAUGCGAGCAGUUACGGGGUACGAAGGACGGAAUACACGUGCAUGUUGUCCGUUGCUGGCGAACAUCGAGUGCUCUGACCUUGGCUGCAUGAGUAAAUAACUAUGGAAUUCUAGGGGCUACGGUGCACCGCAUAUCGAAGACAUACCGAGUUAACGAGGCCACCCCGUACGAUCGUCACGAUGAGCAGCCAGGUAACUUGUCGAAGUACUCCGUACAUAGUUGCGAAACCGAGACAAUGAUUAAUGACACCGGGCUCCUUGACGUUGUCUUCACGUUCCUCAUCUGCCUGGACCACCACAAAGUGAGAACGUCUUAACGGCUUUCCCUGCCCUAUAUUCGCACCCGGACCGGUGGCUUGGUUGUCCUUGCACGUCACAAGAGGAGAAUAUUGCUUCCCAUCGGACAUACCUUUAACGGCCAGCGUGUUUAGCUCUUCAUUUCCGCCGCCUCUCCACAUCUGAAUAGGUUCGAAUUCUUAUGGGUGGAGCGGCUACAGGAAAAAGUUGACACAAUCGAUGUAUUUUUCAACAUUUUUCACCUUUUUUACAUCUUCAUGCUAGCUCGCUAAUUGUAACACUAGCACCCGCUCUGCUUCGCCAUGCGGGAGACGACAUUUUGGCUCUUUUGCACUUCUCCCAACCCUAGCCAUCAAACAAGAAACAAAGUUCAGUUAGCAGCGCUGAUGAAACAUGCUGACAUGGAUUUUGAUCUCAGUUCCUGACAUAAUAUUUUUCUUUCACCUUCAAGAUUCCUGUUUGGUGCAUAACUACCGACUAUAGCGCCUGUAAGAGCUAUUUGCCAGGUUGACCCUGGUUUACUUCCCACGUUAAUCCCAGCCUGACCGGUUUGACUCGAUCGAAGACACGACAGGCACCUGAUGUCCGAAAAAUGGCGGGAAUCUCAAAUAACUCUUAUCUCUUGUCCUUUUCAUAUCAGCCGCCCGACACCCCAGCGGAUCGAACCCACCUGUACACAAUUAAACAGUGGAGUGGAUCGAUGCUGAAUGUAUUCCCAUAAUCAGCUUAUUCGAUGUGUACAACCGAGAAGUGUCUUCGACUCGCAUUUCUAGGCUCGGCUCUCGCACAUGGAGCCACUCGAUUAGACCUCUCAUGAGGCUCGCGAAACUCGUCCUUUUGUAUAGCCGUCCGUCCUGAUACGGCCCGCCAUGAUGGUCGUCACUGGGCCUCCCCCAGACGGAGACGUCAAUAGAGGCAAUGCGAUCACGAUCAUAAUGUGGGUAGAAUUUAGCAUUGCGUUGGUGCUCAUCUUGUCGCGAAUAUUUAGCCGGGCAAGACUGAACAGAUCCUGGGGUUGGGACGAUACAUUCAUGUGUUUCGCUAUGGUUAAUGCGACGGCGCAAUCCGUUCUACUCACUCUCAGCGUCAGCCACGGCACCGGGCGACAUGAAUACUAUCUUAUUGAAUACGACAGGAUGCUCGCCAAUAAAUUCAACUGGAUAUCUCAAGGCUUACACGUAAUGUCGACAAAUUGGGGAAAGGUAUCCGUCGCAUUGUUCCUCCUCCGAAUGGUCGACAGAGCAAAAGAACAAAGGAAGGCUUUUUAUGGAGGAAUGGUUCUGCUCACUAUUGUUAACGUCCUCUGCAUAUACUCACUCUACAGGCAGUGUGAUCCCACUCCAUUACUCUGGGACUCUAGUGUCGAAGGAACAUGCUGGAAUCCUUCGAUUCAGCGGAGUUAUGCUAUUUUUCAAGGAUCAUUCUCAGCUUUUUCCGACCUUCUCCUUGCGAUCUAUCCAAUCUUUAUACUCUGGAAGUCGCGAACGGAAUUAAAAUUGAAAAUUGGGCUCGGUUGCGUUACAGCACUUGGGAUAGUUGCUAUGAUCGCUGCAAUCAUCAGAACGAUUUUCGUCUCCCUGAUAUCGAAACGAGAUGAUUAUACCUUCCACAGUAUCCCUCUGGCUCUAUGUAUCACCACAGAGCAAUAUUUAAUCAUAAUCGCCGCAUCUAUCCCCACGCUGGGACCUUUGGUCAAUGCCCUUCUCAAAAGAACAUCCUGUUCCUCCCCAAACCGUUGCAGUCAUCCGCUUUCUCGAAUAUCUGGUCGACCAAACCAUGAGCGGUCCCGUGGCGGCCGAAAUAGAAGUCGAAGCGGGAAAAUGAUUCUUACAUCCACAAAUGCUCAGGUUUACCCGCUCAGUGAAUACAAAGGAUGGAUAGGACCUAAUGGGAUUAAUGGCAGUGGGGGGAGUGACGAGGCUAUUCUCCCUAGCCAAAACAUAGAGCCAGGCUGCAUAAUGAAGACUAUGGAAAUCCGCGUGAGUUCUCGGGACGACGAUAGGUCAGAGAGCGAUAUCUCCCUGUCACCAGAAUCGUCGAACGAGGUAUGAAAGGAAAUACAUGAAGCAUUUAACGGUAUUUAGCGAGGGAUUAAUGGUUCAAUGGCGUAAAGGGCGAGGCUAUUGUCUCUAAGGAUGGUUGUUUUGUGGGAAUACCCAUGUGUAUGCCUAAAUUA